GAAAUCGAGGUCUUUUAUAUUGACAUUUCGAAACCGGAAACAGCCUCUUUGUGGCGCUACUUUUGGCCAAGUCGGUGCAGAGAUGUCUCUCAGCUCAGUGAACUCCACCUUGUCCAGUCUCAAAUCCUGUCAAGCAGAUGUUGGAGAUUAUAUGGAUAUGGUGUCCGACGUUGCGCUGGGAAUAGUCGAAGCACAAGGUAUGGAAAACAGCCCAUCUCUGAAGAAACUGGGGGAGAUGAUUAUGGAGUGCUCCAGACUAGACAGUGAAAUCAACUGUUUAGUGGAGUCCGUCAAUGAAAUGACUGCUCAGGUCAGACAUGAACCUCCAGAGGCCAUGGUUAAUCUGAGAAGCUCUGUAAAGGACCGCUUCACUGAUCUGAUCGCUGGAGUUUCAGAUUCAGACCUGCGAAGGCACAGCAAGGUGGUUGCUUUUAAAGAGACGGUCAGGAAAUAUGCCAUGCAAGCUCAGAAUCCUGCUGAGAAUGAAGAGGAAGAGCUGGAUGAGGACAUUGCUGUAACACAGAGCCAGACUAACUUCAUCUGUCCUCUCACGCAGGUUGAGAUGGUCAAUCCAGUGAAAAACAAGAAAUGCAGUCAUUACUAUGACCAAGAGGCAGUGCUUGAAAUGAUUAAGAACAAGCACAAAAAUAAGAAGAAAUUUCGUUGUCCAAAGGUUGGCUGUGGAAACACAGAUGUACAGGAGUCGGAUCUUGAGCUGGACCUGAUUAUGAAGAGAAUGAUCCAGAACCAGAAGAGACAGAGUGGUAAAACCUAAGACAAUCAUGCAGAUGUUAUGGCUGUUCACACUGAAAUGGGAGCAUAGUUUGUUCUAGAAAAUCCCUGAAAUCUAGAACUGAAUGCAAAAUUUGGUUCAUGUUAUUGUUAAUGUACAUUUUUAGUUACGUUUGUAAUACAAAUAUAAUUGCGCUGUUUGUCAGUUAUGACGUUUUCUAAAGAAAUAUUUUAAUCAUUCU